CCAUAAAGCUUCCCUUCCCUUCCCUCCCUACAUCAAGCCAGUAAAAAACCCUUUUUUUUUUUUUUUUCUUCCUAUUUUCCUAAUCAAAUGGGUUCAAUUCCUCACGUCGUAGAAGACUGCAUGGGAGUCCUCCAACUCUUCAGCGACGGCACCGUCUACCGGUGCUCCGAUAUCGAAUUCAAGUUUCCGGCGGUCAACGAAAACUCCGUCGUCUUCAAGGACAUUAUCUUUGAAAAAGAAAGAAACCUAUCUCUUCGUCUCUACAAGCCGAAAUCACCACCGAUUUCCAGUAAGUUUCCCGUCGUUUUCUACUUCCACGGAGGCGGUUUCUGCGUCGGCUCUCGUCUCUGGCCCAACUUCCACAACACGUGUCUCCGACUGUCGUCCGGUCUCGGAGCCGUCGUCGUAGCUCCGGACUACCGUCUUGCACCGGAACAUAAGCUUCCUGCGGCAAUAGACGACGCCGUUAGCGCCGUGGAGUGGUUGCGCAAGGAGGCUCUCUUGGAUGAGAAUUGCGUUGAUGCAUGGGUUCAAGAAGCGGUUGAUUUUGAGAGGGUUUUUGUGCUGGGAGAUUCUUCCGGAGGAAACUUAGCUCACCAUUUGUCCGUUCGGUUCGGAAUCGGUUCCACUGAGAUGGCUCCGGUUCGGGUUCGAGGUUAUAUUCUUCUCGCUCCGUUCUUUGGAGGGGUGGCGAGGACUAAAUCGGAGGAAGGUCCAAGUGAAGCUAUGUUGAAUUUGGAUAUACUCGACAGAUUUUGGAGGUUGUCAAUACCGGACGGAGAAAAUAGAGACCAUCCGUUGGCGAAUCCAUUGGGAUCAAACAGCCCGAGCCUUGAACAUGUGGGUCUUGAGCCAAUCUUAGCCAUUGUAGGUGGCAAUGAAAUGUUGAAAGAUAGAGUGGAGAGCUAUUGCAAGAGAUUAAAACAAUUGGGAAAGAAAAUUGAGUACGUUGAAUUUGAUGGUAAAGAACAUGGGUUUUUCACCAAUGAUCCAUACUCUAAAGUUGCUGAUGAAGUAGUGCAGCUUAUUAAACGCUUUAUGCUUCACAACUCCAACUGAUCCAUCCAGAUAGAUCAUCAUUUUCACCAUCUUGGUUUCAGCUUUCUUCUUUUUUAGAGUUAAUUUUAUAUAUAUAUAUAUAUAUAGCAUGUAUGUAGGUGUUUGUAUAUGUUGGAGAUCAGCUUAGUUGAAGUGUGUUGCAUGAUCUUGAAGAAGAUAUUUGAUAAUUAAUACCUAUAUAUAUGUGUAUGGAUUAAUUUGGGAAAGUAAUUUGUAAUUUAUAUGUGAAUCCAUAUAUAUAUAUUGGUGCUUUGAAUGAUUUUUAA